AUGCCUAUGCAAAUGAAUAUCGAAUACAUCAACACGUUCAGAUGGCUUCGUGAUGAUUACACAAGACUAAGAGAUGGAACUGAACUGUUUGAACGGGUAAACGAACGCUAUGCAAACGCAAAUUGUGAUGGUCCAGGCAGCAGUGUGGCGCAACAAGAUCCGAGCAGUCUGAGGAGCGGCGACCAUGAUUGUUCCAUAGAUUCAGAGUCUGCUGGCAGUUGUAGUAACACUCGCUUGGUGGACAAUAUUACUGUUAGCCAAGAUUCCUCUACAGGAUGGCCAAGUAACGGCACGAAGCAAGAUGAGCCCCGCAGACCUCGCAAAGGGCACAAAAAGUCGAGACGUGGAUGUUACAAUUGCAAGAAACGUAAAGUAAAAUGUCAAGAAACCCUACCUUCAUGUCAAAAUUGUGCACGAAAUCAACUGUCUUGCAGCUACCCUACACUUCCACCUCCAAUAUUACCCCUAAAGCCUCGCCAAAUGUCUAAUCCAAGCCCGGUCCCGUAUGGAAACUUGCAAGCUACACCUACGAUAUUCUCUUUAGAUGACAUGUUCAUUUUUCAUCAUUUUUUGAUGCAUGCUCACCCGUAUUUGCCUGUAGGGAGCAAGGAAAAGUGGGUUCGUCAUGUUCCAGUUCUGGCUCAUCAUAAUUCUUUCUUACUGCACGCUAUUCUUGGCUUAUCAGCAUCCCAUAUUUCAAGCAAUUCACCUUUUUCUCCCUUUGAUUCUGCACUCAACUCAGGAAGUCCCGCCAAAAGCUAUUACACACUGUCACUCCAUCACCGCAUACUCGCCAUCUGUGGACUGUCAGCACUUUUCACCAGACUCGAUCCUUUGACCGCGACGGAAUUCCAAAGACAAACAAUACAAGCAACUCUCUACUUGCUGACGUUUCAAUCUUGCUAUAUGUCUGAUCUGUCUGGCUUUUUUGAACUCUUGUAUUUCUUCCGUGGCUGUAGCAUUCUACGUGAUAGCCGUCUCCUCGUCAAGCAAGACAACAAAGGGAUAGAAAUGUGCUUUGAUGGGGAUGGAGAUCAUUGGCAACAGAUGGAGGGGCGACUUGUUGAUCUGCCUAAAAUUCCCAAUCAUUCCACCCAGGAUGCUAAAAGAUCGUUGAAUCUGGUUAAAUAUAUAUGCCAGAGAAGUAAAAUCAAUAUGGAAUUCUUUGGAAUGCUUUCAGCCGUUGUCGAGCAAUGGGAAAUCUCUUCUCUAUCUGCGUAUUUCAAAUUUGUUCAAAUCUAUCUUGCGAUCAGUAAGAUGAGUAAUCGUACCUUCUGCGCUUUUAUAGAUGAAACAAAUCAAGUGGCGAGAGUAUUAAUUGCUCAUUUUCUAGCAGUGCAGAAGAUCAUGGGGCCUAUUCUUUGUCGUGAAGCUGAAACCAGUAAUCCUAGUAGUUCAAGCAGUGGCCUUGGAGUCGGGGGUGAGAUCAGAGGUCAUCAAAAAUGGGUGGAGGGAAUUUGGAGUCAGUUGACCCGGGACGGUGAAGUGAAAUGGAAGGAGUCAAUGGAAUGGCCAAGGAAAGUUUUCCAGAGUGAAAAGUCGGAUAACCUUGAAGAUUCACAAGGUUCGUGAUGUGAAAUUCACACAAAUUUUUAACUGUACUGUAUCUGUGCAUAGACAUACGUCGAUAGAUUAUAAUUCUUAGGGUUAGCAGGCGAACCAUUUUAACAC